AUGAGAACCAUGGCCACGGCCUCUCUUACCUCUUUUCUUCCUUCUUCCUCCUUUUCAAGGACUUCCCCUCUCAGAAGCGCUUUUCUGCCGCCGCAGCUCGCUCGCCGGAGGAGUUUCUUCUCCGCCGCGGGGCUUAGAUGGGCGCCAGAGGCGCGAGAGAAGCUCGCUGUUCGAUGUGAGGCCGCCGUGGCCGAGAAGGAGGAGACCACCGGGGAGAAGUUUGAAUACCAGGCUGAGGUGAGUCGAUUGUUGGAUUUGAUUGUUCACAGUCUGUAUAGCCACAAGGAAGUUUUCCUUCGUGAACUUGUGAGUAAUGCUAGUGACGCUUUGGACAAGUUGAGAUUCUUAAGUGUGACUGAGCCUUCUUUGCUCGGAGAUGCUGGAGAUCUUGAGAUACGUAUAAAGUCUGAUCCAGAAAAUGGAACUAUUACUAUAACAGAUUACUGUAUUGGAAUGACUAAAGAGCUCAUUGAUUGUCUUGGAACUAUUGCUCAGAGUGGUACAUCAAAAUUUUUGAAGGCACUUAAGGAAAACAAGGAUCUAGGAGCAGAUAAUGGUUUGAUCGGACAAUUUGGUGUUGGAUUCUACUCUGCUUUUCUUGUUGCUGAGAAGGUACAGAGUUGUGUUUCUACGAAGAGCCCAAGAUCAGAUAAGCAGUAUGUGUGGGAAGCAGAAGCUGACAGUAGCUCUUAUGUGAUAAAGGAAGAAACUGAUCCGGAAAACCUUUUGCGGCGUGGUACACAAAUUACACUGUAUUUAAGAGAGGAUGACAAAUAUGUCUCUGAGCCAAACAGGAUUCAGGGUUUGGUAAGUUACUCACAGUUUGUUUCCUUCCCCAUCUACACAUGGCAAGAAAAGUCGAAAACUGUGGAGAUGCGGAACCCAAAAGAAGUGGAAAAGGAGGAGUACAGUGAAUUUUACAAGAAGACUUUUAAUGAAUUCUUAGAGCCACUUGCACAUACUCAUUCCACCACUGAGGGUGAGGUCGAGUUCAGAAGCAUUCUGUAUGUUCCAGGAAUGGGACCUCUUAACAACGAAGAAGUAGUGAAUCCUAAAACAAAGAACAUACGCUUGUAUGUCAAGCGUGUAUUCAUUUCAGAUGAUUUUGAUGGGGAGCUGUUUCCACGUUACCUGAGCUUUGUGAAGGGUGUGGUUGACUCAGAUGACCUUCCUCUCAAUGUUUCUCGAGAGAUCCUUCAAGAAAGCAGAAUUGUAAGAAUAAUGAGAAAGAGACUUGUCAGGAAGGCAUUUGAUAUGAUUCAAGAUCUUUCUGAAAGUGAAAAUAAAGAGGACUACACAAGAAAUUUCUGGGAGAACUUUGAGUUUAUAAAAUUGGGUUGUAUUAAAGACACUGAAAUCAUAAGACGCAUAACACCGUUAUUAAGGUUGUACACUUCCAAAAGCGAAGAUGAACUUAAAAGCUUGGAUGAUUAUGUUGAAAACAUGGGAGAAAACCAAAAGGCUAUCUUUUACCUAGCAACUGACAGCUUGAAGAGUGCAAAGACUGCUCCAUUUGUGGAGAGAUUGAUUCAGAAAGAUAUUGAGGUUCUUUAUUUGGUUGAACCCAUUGAUGAAGUUGCCAUUCAGAACUUACAGACAUAUAAAGAAAAAAAAUUUGUUGAUAUCAGUAAGGAAGAUUUGGAAUUAGGUGAUGAGGACGAGGUCACAGAGAGGGAAAACAAACAAGAAUACAACCUACUCUGUGAUUGGAUAAAACAACAGCUUGGUGAUAAGGUUGCCAAAGUUCAGAUCCUCUAAACGCUGAGUUCAUCUCCUUGUGUGCUUGGAUCAGGGAAGUUUGGUUGGUCUGCAAACAUUGUCAGACUAAUGAAGGCACAGGCUCUUGGGGACACUUCAAGUUUGGAGUUCAUGAGGGGGAGGAGAAUAUUGGAGAUUAAUACAGAUCACCCCAUCAUCAAAGAUUUGAGUGUGAGAGCCGCAAGUGCACCUGACAGUAGUGAAGCCAAGAGAGCAGUCGAUCUCUUAUACGACACAGCUCUAAUUUCUAGUGGAUUUUCUGUAACCAGGCCUGAUAGCCCAGCUGCGUGGGGUAAUAAGAUUGAUGAAAUGAUGGCCAUGGCCGUAGGAAGAUGGGGUAGAUCAGAAGGAUGUGCGGAGGGAAAGAAGAAGCAAUCUGGGAAGCUGAGUCAAGCUCGAAUUGAGGAAAGUUCAGAGCCAAUGUUUAUGAGCCCUCGAGAGUCCUUGCAGAGAAUUUUGACCAAUGGAAACCGAUUAGGAAUACUGUCUCAGAAUUUUAAAAUUUUGGCAUUAUAGGGAAAAUAAUGAAUUUAGAGGUGAAAGGAAA